UAUAAACCUCAGCAGAAGCAGAGCUCCAAGAGGGCAACCAUGGCGGAGCUCGAGAACACAAAUGCGAUGCCCAAGCUCAUCAAUUUCCUCUCUUCUCUUCUUCAAAGGGUAUCGGAAUCCAACGACGUUGCCUACCAGUUCCACCCUCAGAAAAUCUCGGUGUUCCACGGCCUCACUCGGCCGACGAUUUCGAUUCAGAGCUACCUCGAGAGGAUUUUCAAGUACGCCAAUUGCAGCCCGUCGUGCUUCAUCGUCGCCUACGUUUAUCUUGAUCGGUUUGCCCAACGGCAGCCCUCUUUACCCAUUAAUUCUUUCAACGUUCACCGAUUGCUUAUCACCAGCGUCAUGGUGGCGGCGAAGUUCAUGGAUGAUAUGUACUACAACAAUGCUUACUAUGCAAAAGUUGGAGGAAUCAGCACAACAGAGAUGAAUUUUCUAGAGGUGGAUUUUCUGUUUGCUCUGGAAUUCCACUUGAAUGUUACACCCAACACUUUCCACUCCUACUACUCCUACCUGCAAAGAGAGAUGAUGUUGCAACCUCCACCCGUGCCAGAAUCCUCUCUAACCCUUGAAAAGUCACUAAAGCUUCACUUGUGCUUCAAUGAAGAUGAAUCCUCCCAUCAAAAGCAACAACAGCUAGCAGUUUAAUCUCUAAAAUAUAGUUUUAGAUACAAAGAUUGAAACUCAUGACUGAGUGCACCCAACCCACUUGUUGUCUCUUCCUUUUGGGGUUUUUCUUUUUUGGAUCUGAAAUUGUUUAGGUGUAUGUACAGAUAGUAGUUUGCUCUUUACAGUCUGGCCAUGGAGUUCUCUUAUUUACUGUGAACCUGAAUUUUCUGAAUUUGAUGCUCCUUUUCCUGUUUUGGUUGAUACUUUAUGUCUUAUCCAUGUUAGGAUUUUCAUAGCUUUUGGGGAGUGCCACUGAAAGGAAAAGUGCAGAGCAGAGGUGGAAAUGGGUUCAUAAUUUGGGAGAUUAAGAAUAUGAGUGGUGUUGUGAAUUUUGGUAUGGUGAUUUUUGGCAGGGAUUGUAUCUGACAGUUGUCUUGAUUUUCUUGGAGGGGACAUGGAACAUGUGCAAUCAUAUUGCAACUGGAGUCACCAGGGCCAACUUGGCCUUGUGGGUGAUGUAAUAACCCAAAAGGACUAAUUGACCCUGCCAGGUUGACUAUUAAAUUCUGUAUUUACAU